UCACAACCUGCAAUUGUUUUGCAGAGAACACUAAACUAAAUUUUUAUUUAGACAGCGAUCUCCUGAAAUAUUAACUAGCCAUUGUACACGAGUCUUUGAACCAAGCAAUGACGAGACUGAUUUCAACGAAAUUUGAAAAAUUAUUGAAGCUACUACGACGAAACRGCUGAUAAAGGAUGAGCUGAUUUACAGUCCUUCACUUGAGAAAGAGAAUAUUUUUUUAUGAUUUUUUCAACCAACAGAACCUGAUUUUCUGAUUUUAGCGCCAUUUAGUUAUUCUUUGACGAAAAAUGGUUCAACGUGGAGUUGUCUUUGCUAUGCUCUUCUAUCUUACAUGUGCCGUAGCUACUACGAUUUAUAUUUCURUGUUAUAUUUGAACGACGAGAAGUGUGACUGUAGAGAGUUCAUGAAGAGAUUAGUUAUACGUGAUGGACUAGAGGAACACAAUCAUUUUUUAAAUCCUACAAAAAAUAGUCGACAACACGUAAGAGAUACUAUAUUAAAUAACGAAGACACAGGACAAAGAAAACCUAAAGAAAGGAAAGAUAAAAUAAAGACAGCUGAAGAUGAGUCCUGGGGACCACAUGUUCUUGGGAUUGUUGUACCUUAUCGCAACAGAUUUGAGGAGUUACUAGAAUUUGCACCUCACAUGCAUAAGUUUCUAAAUGAAAAAAAGAUAAAACAUAGAAUCUUUAUAAUAAAUCAAGUAGACAAACUCAGAUUUAAUCGUGCUUCUCUUCUCAACAUUGGUUACUUGGUGGCCAGAAAUGAAUGUGAUUACAUUGCGAUGCAUGACGUUGAUCUGUUACCAUUAAACAAGAAGCUCUUUUAUGGGUAUCCAGAGAAAGGACCAUUUCAUGUCUCAGGACCUAAACUACAUCCGAAAUAUCACUAUAGAACAUUUGUUGGUGGCAUCUUAAUGAUGACAAUUGAACAGUUUGAAAAGGUAAAUGGACUUUCAAAUAGAUUUUGGGGCUGGGGACGAGAAGAUGAUGAACUGUAUCAGAGAAUGAUGGAGGCUGGACUUACAAUAUACCGUCAUGGAAAGAAACACAUCACUACGGGAUAUGACACCUUUAAACAUGACCAUGAUCCAGAAACACGUAAAAGGGACUAUAAAAGAUUAUUUAACCAGAAAAAGGAAUCAUUCAAAAGAGAUAGAAAGACAGGUGCAGAUAAUGUUGAAUAUGAUAUAAUGAGUAUGAAAAAGCUGACAAUAGAUGGGGCACCACUGACUAUAGUUAACGUUGAGCUGGAUUGUGAUUAUGAUGAGACCCCUUGGUGCAAGUUUGAUAAGCCAGAUUCAAAGAGCUAAUGAUGAAUCAAUCUAAUUGCAAUUUCAGGAAUAUUUACAAAUUAAUCUGUGAAUUAGCCUUUUCCUGCUUUAGAUCAGCACAUCAGUUGUUUCAGGGUUCAAUCUGUGAGUUAGCCAUGCCCUGACUUAGAUCAGCCCAGAGGUUGUUACAGGGUUCUAUCUGUGAGUUAGCCAUGCCCUGACUUAGA